AUGAAGUGGUCCGCAGCGGAAGCGCACUGCUGGGUAGCCAGCAGAGGCUCAGCCCGCCCAAGGAAAUUACGUCCAGAUCUACAGAACGCAGUAGAGGCGAAUCUGGACGACAGGCUGCCGGGCGCGCCAACACAGUCCAUCAACCUCUUCCGCCCAAACAGGCAGUGGCGAGCAAGCUGA